GGUGAGGUUGGCGCAGUCCACCUGCACGCGGCACCAGACACACACAGUGAGAGGCUCCGCUCGCCGCAGCUCAAGAACGAAGGCUCACGCAAGGCUCGCCGCCACGACAACACCGGAACCGAGUGAGCCAGCCGAGGGUCAGCCUGUAGCCAGCCUGUCCAGCCGCCUGUGUCACCCCACAACCAAACAAAUCUUGGCUCUAGACGUCAGGUUGUAUGGUGGGUGUGGGGUGGCGGUAGGGUGAGGCAAAGGCGGUGGUGAUCGAGCAGCGGCCUGGCCAGGGGAAGGAGGAUGCAGCUCGGCCGGGUGUGGGUGUGGGUGGUGGUGGUGCUGCUGGUGGCGACUGCUGAACUCUCGGCCGCCAAGAGGGGCAAGGGGCGCGGCAAGAAGGCACGCAAGUUCGGCAACAGAGGCAUCACCAAGAACUUCAAGACGGAAGCCAGCCGCGCCUACUACAACCACAACGGCGGCGCCAAGAUAACGGUGUGGUCGCACUUCGAGUCUGAGUACGUGCUGGGCCGCAAGAUCGUGUUCAUGUGCAAGGCGGAGGGGGAGCCGCGCCCCGUCAUCACCUGGUUUAAGGACGGCAUCGAGCUCUACUCCCACACCUUCUUCCAGGUGCACGAGUGGCAGGAAGGGAAGGCCAUUAAGAGCAAGAUGGAGAUCGACCCGGCCACCCAAAUGGACGCCGGCUACUACGAGUGUCAGGCAGACAACAAGUACGCCGUGGACGUUAAGGGCUUCAGCGCCGACUAUUCCAUAGAAUUCGUAUGAGCUGUGACUCCUCCCGGCAGCCGCCCCUCUCCACCAAGCACCGCUGCCGCCACCGCCAACAGAGCAAGCACGAGCGGCCACAGCGCCGCGACUGCCGGGAGGGAAUCAGUAGCCCGCAGCGCCUCGCACAAGCCGGGCUGAGAUGAAAUUUCAAAAGUCGGUGCCUAAAACUUCUCUUUCUAAACACCUCGACGACUAGCUACAGACCAGGGUGUUGGAUCAAGAGGACAACAUCUACAUUAGAAUUGCCCCAAAGAGAACCCGUCUCGUACAACGGAAAACGCCAUGUGAGGGAUGAUUAGAAUGAAGGUUGGGGGACAGAGUCAGUGGCAGGCUUCACACUUCUCAUAGCGUUAGUCACUGCUCGCUGAGGGCAGCGGAUGCGUGUCCUGUUGCUGGAGAAAUUGAUAGUGAUUCGUUUCGUGACUGACGAGAGGACUGCAUGUUAGGAUAUCGGACUGGAGUACUGGCGGACCGAGCGAGCGAGCAUUUCACAUGAACAGACUUAGGUUGUUCAUUAUCAUUACAGCUCACACCUUGGGAUGCGUAUGUGGGCAAGUCAUCAGGACAUUCAAAGUGUUACGAAGUUCCCAGGCUUGGACAGUAAUGCCGAACAAAGGCUUGUUUAGUUUGAUAGGAAGGAUUUAUAAAGGUUGCAAGGAGCAUUUUGGAACAGGGGCGGGAAUCUGAUGGGCUUGAUCCAAAGAGCAUAAAGUUAGGAAUACGUAGCAGCUACUUUUGAAUUACUUUUUUCACCUUCUCUACUAUCACGAAUUCUUCUACUCCUUUUUAGUCUUCCUAUUCAAACACCUCCUGCCGCUACACGCCGCGCAGGAUAUUGCAAGGAAAACUGGUGCUCCUCUGCCUCCCUAUGUACUCGCUCCUCCUCCAAGCCAUCGGUCAGGUACAUGGAAGUUUUGCUCACUCGCGUCAAGUAAACGUUUUCAGGUUGGUUACAGUGCCUCAGCUCAGGUCAGGAUUACUUUUCGUUGCGUGAGCGAAGGUUAUAUUUCAGGACACGAUAAUCGAAGAAACGUUUUGAGUAGGACUUGCUGGAACUUUUGUACAGGUGACAGGUGUUUCGGUGAAUAUAUCAGAUGAUUUGUUUUAGUAGAUUGCCUAUUUUUUCAUGUAGAUUAAACAAACUUUCAUGCAGGUUACAAUGGUUUCAAUCGGAUGAUGGAAGACUAACUUUUUUUCAUUGUUUAACUUUGUUCCAGAGGCCAGACAGAAAAGUGUUGAUAAGUUAAAGUUGCUUCGUUCAGGUCAGGGAGACAUUUUUACAUAUCGCCCUAAUUUCGGAAGAGAGGUCAGAGGAUCGUUACAGGCUUAGUUCAGCAGGCAGGAGGGACAACACUCAGCAAUAGUACGGCUCUUCUCAGCAGCCUAUCGCGCUUGCAUGCUCCCGUUAUGCUUAGCUUUUGGCUCCAGUAAAUAAUUAUUCCUCCAAAGCCUCUGCAGAAACCAGAUAAUUCUUAAUCUCUCUCGUCCUUGCUUGAUUAUAGGGAGUCAUGGGUCUGCUUCGUUCCGCUCCCGGCUUGUUAGUACGUACGUAGCAGCAACCUUGAAGCUUCCGUCGCAUUCGUUCGUUAUGCUUUACCUCUACUGCACAGCUGGGCCACACGACUAGACCAUUACCACUACUCUGAAGUAACCUCCAGUGUAGAGUGUGGCUCAUGAAAUCAAGGAAAGCCUGGAUUUUAGGUCUAAUAGCAGAGUAAACACAUACAUGAUGGCGAGCGACAACACCUAAAGACACAAUUGUGAACAUUCCGUAGGUGUGAGAGUAAAAAGUCAAUGUUAGUUUGAGCAAAGCGUUUAGGGAUAUAGAGAAGUGAGGCAGGUAUAUAUAAUCACAAUAACCUACUAAUAAUGACUGUUCGAUGUUUAUUUUGAUUCACUUCAUUCUGUGGUGUCAAAUAUUACUUUGGUGCAGCUGUGAUCGCCUAUACCGAGUCCCCGCAGCGCAAGGUGUCUCUAUGGUUGUUAAUUGUUGCAGUGUUCAGAGACGUGUUCGAGUAUUCCACUCCCGGUCAGGUGUUUUCUCGAGGCCCAGGACAACCAAACUCAUCUGUACACCCGCCCUUACGAACGCUUCAUAUGCAGUCUGGCUAUGUGUCCUUCCAGCCCCUCUUAGCUUAAUAAUGUAACCAUACCAACUGUUUUUUUCCUUCAGUAUCCUGCUAUUCGUGUGUGUGUGUGUGUGUGUGUGUGUGUGUGUGUGUGUGUGUGUGUGUGUGUGUGUGUGUGUGUGUGUGUGUGUGUGUGUGUGUGUGUGUGUGUGUGUGUGUGUGUGUGUGUGUGUGUGUGUGUGUGUGUGUGUGUGUGUGUGUGUGUGCGCGCGCGCACGCGCGUAUCGCUUUGCCAUUAACACCUAGUUCAGAUAUUUGCUUUAUGCAUACUUUGCUAGUUUGUGUAUAUACUGAGUUGCAUGCAGUUUUUUUUAGUGUGUGCGCGUGUGUGUGUGUGUGUGUGUGUGUGUGUGUGUGUGUGUGUGUGUGUGUGUGUGUGCAUCAUAUAUCACGUGAUGCGUCCAAUGUUUUCCCAGAUUCACUCAACUUGCAAAGCGUCAAGGACAGGAUGCAACGAGGGUUCACAUUAUCAACCUUUUUUUCCGUGCGUCGAUUGUAGAAUGUAAAGCAUGCGUAUUAGAAAAUACCCGCUACGCCUUCACCCCCGCCUACCUCCACCUCCUGGCAACGAAUGUAACGAGUGUGAGGAACCGAAUACCUGUCUGGAGUUAAUCAGUGUAGCCCUUUAGGUAUCUCGGCACGUCUGUGAGUCAUGCCUUCUGCCUGUUAGUAUGAUAUCCAUUUCAUCUGUUAGCAAGUCUGUCAUUAGAUCUGCUGAUGUGUGGUUGACCCAGAUUAGCCGGUCAGUUUGACAUUCUUUGGGUACGUUGUUGGCCCAGUCAGUGGGUCACCUAACCAGUGGAUGGUGCUGAAGUGAGGGUCAUCCAAUGUGUCUGUAGGUCAGUGAGUCAUGUCGGUUCCGCUGCUACAACCUUCGUUCGGCACCAACAUCACCUUGCUCAACCCUCGGCCGUCCAUUGCCAGCAUUCUUCCCUUCCCCGCGCCACGCACACCUCCUGCUGCUGCUGCUUCUUAGCCCACUCACUCUACCAACGUCUCCUGGAGCCUUCCUAAGUCCUCCAAGUGCAUAUUACCAGUUCUCCCGCCGCUAUCAGCCCCUCACCCUCCUGUUGCCUCUGACAGUCCACUCCGCUAUCGCCCCCACCCUCUCGCUCCCACCUGGUAUCUGUGCUCGCCCCCUCACCAUGUACUACAUCCUCCUAGUACCUGUAACUCUGUUAAGAAAUGUUAUAUUUUAUCCUUGACAGAAAGAGAUGUUAUGAUGUGACUGCCAGUCAGCUGUAUUUAGCAAGUGAUGGUUAAUAUUUACAACAUGUAUUUGAAGUCAAUUAUUAUGCAUAUCAUACAUAUAUUAUGUAUUAGUUUUACUGCAUACGAUAUUGUUCCAGAGUGCUAUAUGUAUCAUAUAGUAAUUAUUUACAUAGAUUAGAUACGAAUAUAUUGGUGCACUUAGCUAUAUUCCUAAUAAAAAUGUACUGUAUUGGUAA